GGCGAAAUUGAACUUGAACGAAGCGGUCAUGAAAUAGGCUGCAUAUAAUCUCCUCCUUCUCCUUUACGUCGCUCAUGAAUCUCUUCUCCCAACUUUCAUAAGGAUACCCUCGCGAUCUGUAAUUCUACGGUCUUGGACAUCCUGCUUUACUAUUCUCUCCGGGCUCCCAGAUUGUCAAUUUGGAUACAAGAUACCUCUUCGUCUUCUUCGCAGAACCCUCAACUCAUCUCAUAGCCUGAUCUGAAAUAAUUAAGGGCAUAGCUUGUCCCUAACACAAUUUUACUUCUGGAUCACUGUUCCCUUGACCGAUCACUCAUGCCUACCUCGCGGCUCAGAAUCGACACUUCUAUAGCUGGGUAUGCUGGCCCAUCGUCAGAGACUGGGUCGUCACGCAGCGGGGUUACCCCCGGGUCCUUUCCUCUUCGAUCCUCUAAAUCUACGGGACGCUUGCGUAGCGGUUCCUCUGCUUCAGUCUCGUCCUCCACGUCGGCCGCGUCUCGUGCGGUUUCCAAAGCGUCUUCAUCUGUUCUUUCCCCAGAGUGGAAUUCUUCCUCAAGUAGUCGUACUUCUCGCGUGGAUCAGGCGUCAUUCAGCCCCACUGAUUCUACGGAAGGGGUCGGUAGAAACGUUUGUUCGGAGUAUGUUCUUGCUAUGCAUGACUUCGCGCCGCAGCAUCAGAAUGAUACGUGCCUUGCUUUUCGUGCGGGGCAAGUAAUUCAUGUCCUGAAUCGCGACUCGUCUGGUUGGUGGGAUGGGGAACUGGAUGGUCGUCGCGGCUGGUUUCCUAGCAACUAUGUAACUUCCGACGUUGGUCUUCUCACUGAAGAGGAACUUCCUAAAAUUACGCGCGCUCGCAACGGGGCUGGUCAUGCCUACACGACGUCCACAGUCUCGACAACUUCAUGGACCAGCACAACAUCCCAUCCUAUAUCAAGCUCAUAUAUUCGUACGGAUCAUCGCCCUAUGGCUGCAGACAAUCCCAGUCUGGACACAUACUGCCCACCACUGAUGGUCCCGCUACUUCAGGGCAUUUCCCUACUUCAGAAUGCCGUGAAAGCCAACCGCGUGGCACAUUAUCAGCCCUCUACGGCGUGCGUUCUCUCCUGCGUCCGUACUCUUUUGUCUGAAGUGGGGUGUCUUGCUCGAGAUGCGCCAAUGUUGAAGCAGUAUCCAGUGCUGGCGCGAGAGCGCAAGCAGAUCCUCUCUGGGCUAGCAUCGCUUGUAUCUCAGGCGAAGAAGGCUUCAGCGGAAGGGCUGCAUGACCAGCAGAGGGAGCUAGAGGUGGAGAGCAUGGUGCGACUUGCAGGACAAUUGUUCGCGCAUGUUCGAGGCUUUCUAGUCUCCGCCGUGCAAUGUGGAGUCAGCGUGCAACCCACAAGCCAUGCCCUUUCGUCGCAAUUCAGCUCUUCAGAUGGACGAUGGGAUAGCCAGGAAGGCACGUUGGUCCGCUCGGAUAAUAGCGCCAAUCCGUUCCUUGGAGAUUACGGCACAUCUUGGGAUUCUAAAGGUACCACGAACGGAAUAGCAGAACGCCGACGUCAGCGUGAGUCCACUGCUACACCAAGUCUGCGCGCCAAGAGUAUGAGCGAUUUGAGAACCAAGGUCAAGGAGCAUGCUAGUAUCAUUCCCGCUCUGCCCAAAACAAACAUGCAGAAGCAGCCAUGGUCUGUUGUCACGCCUGUACGACGCUUCGCUAGUGGAGGGACUGUCGGGCAUAAAGUCACUCAGCCCUCUGUUAGCAGCGUUUCCUCGUCCUCGUCCUUUUCGUCCAAUGAAUCUAUUGGCACUCCUCCAACACCCAUGUUCCCUACUGGACCCUCAAGCACUGCGGAGGUCAUGGAUGCACUUCGACACACCCACGAUAAUUACUUGUCAACGAUAGCCGCAUUUAUAGGUCAUGCACACUCGCAUUCACGGACUUCACAUGCAUCUAGCACGGGACAUAUGUAUGACUUGGUUCGAGAAGUCGUGGAGAUGGUUUGCAAGUUACUUACGAUUGUUGAGGCUGUUCUGCGGCAUCCAGGUAUACCGCUACACAAGGCUCAGGAUCUCCGGGCAGCCAAAGAAGGAGUGUACAACGUUACCAGUACGCUUGCGGAUUCCGUUCGCAUGCUUACGACCGAACCGUCACCUGACAUUUCGGAGGAGGAGGAGAAGACUACCUUGUUGCGUUCGGCUACCAACGCACUUAAGGCGGGGUCUGACUGUGUUAACGCGGUGAAGAAGUGUCUGCAGAGGCCAACUGGGGAACGGCCGUUUGUGAUCGACCUUCCAGAUGUAGGAGAUGUAGGCCUAUCAGUCUACACUCCAAGCAAAUUCUCGCAUCGUGCUCCUAUCAGGGGCGGCCGUUUGCGCGACGCUUCAAGUAUGAAUGCAUUGCGGGAACUCUACCGAGUCAACGGUGUCUCUGGAGACGAGGAGGAUCUUACAAUACAGGCGCAAACUGAUUCAUUCGCCGAUACAACUGUUCGACUCAAUGGAGAGGCAAACGAGAGUCAUGAGAAGCCAACCAUCGUCAUUCCGGAAACGGAUGGCUCUCUGUCUGCUAGCCCAUCACCUUCACCAGUUCCUGCGUCCGCUGUGGAUGACAAGCCAUUACCCCCUGUUCGUCCAUCUCUUGAUUCAGUAUCUCUCCGACCCUCGUCACCAGUGUCAUUCGCACCCACUGAGGAUGAUCGCACAACAUGGGAAGGUAGUCAUCAGAGACAUCACCAGGCAACGCAGUCUCUCGAAGAGAAGUUGAUCCAUGGCGACCUUCCCGCCGUUCCUGAGAACGUUAUCACCGACCUCCCUCGGCCCGAUCCCAUGUCCUGGAUUCUAUCGCAUGAUCAUGACCCCGAAGACGUUGCGUAUAACAGUGAGGGACAGUUAGUUGGUGCAACCCUACCUGCAUUGGUCGAACGUAUGACCCCCCACGAUUCAUUGGUUGAGCCCCCAUUCGCAGCCGUCUUUUUCUUGACAUUCCGGCAGUUUACUUCACCGCCUGAGCUUCUUGAUGCUCUGAUCGCCCGUUACAACAUCAUGCCGCCCCAAGGCAUACAUGAACAAGACCUCUUCCUUUGGCAACAGCGCAAAGGUCUUCCGGUUCGACUGCGUGUUUCCAACUUCGUGAAGUCGUGGCUGGAGAGCUAUUGGCGACCCGAGGUGGACAAUGUUGUCUUGACACCCCUGUUCAACUUCACACGCGAUGCACUUGCAUUGAUGUUUCCUGUACCAUCACAACGCAUUUUGGAACUCCUUGCUCAAUGGCAGGCUGCAGGUGACAGUGGUGUGGCAAUGAAGGUCGACCGCGUUCGCGAUGCUGGAUUCAACCUGAACCCUCCUCUGUUAUCGCCGUCAGAUAUUCCGCGACCUGUUAUCAACAAGACUCUAUUCAGCGCUCUCAAGAUCAGGAAUUACAAUUCAGUCUCUCUCACUGAUUUUGAUCCUGCUGAACUGGGACGACAGCUGACGACGAUGGAGUGUCAAUUAUACUGCGCUAUUCAACCGGAGGAAAUACUGGAGACAGGUCAAGAUGGUGGCAUCUAUGCACGAAAUGUGAAGGCUGUCACUUCUUUGAGCACUGUCAUUACGGGUUGGGUGGCGGAGAGUAUUCUCGAUGAGCCAGACACAAAGAAACGGACAGCUCUGGUCAAGUUCUUUAUCAAGGUUGCGGAUAGGUGUACAUCCGUGCAAAACUUCAGCACACCGAGGUCAAUAUUGGCUGCGCUCGACUCUUCCACCAUUUCACGACUGCAUCAAACCUGGUCGGGCUUGCCACAGAAGAACCGAUUACAGCUGGAAGCAAUUCGUAAGCUUGCUGACCAUGCUCGCAACUACCAUGAGUAUCGAACGCGCCUUCGUAACACUGCACCUCCCGCCGUCCCUUUCCUCGGCCUCUACCUGACGGACAUCACUUUCUGCCGCGAGGGUAACCCUUCACAUCGUGCCUCCCCCAAGAACCCCGAAAAGAAACUGCUUAAUUUCAAUAAGUACCAUAAACUCGCGCGAAUUGUCCAAGACAUGCAAAGAUUUCAGUAUCCGUAUAACUUUAAGGAGAUUCCUGAAAUCCAAGAAUACCUCCGUGAUGCGUUUGAGAAGGCCAAACACAGAGGUGACUUACAAGAUCUAUACCGUCGCAGUCUACUCGUCGAGCCCCGACGCCCCGCAGAUAAUCCUCCUACGAGCGACGUCAGACAACUAUUCGGUUGGGCCUCGCGCUCCUCUCAACCAACCCCCGUUUCCGCUUUAUGACCUGAUACAAUUUUCGUGGUCAUACACUUUACUCAUUUCUAACUUCGUAUAUCUUUCUUAUCUCGUCUUAUGGUACCGCGAUAUUUCUUGCUUUGUCGCGUCUAGUUCUCGUCGUCUCACCCCUUCGACUUUCUACCCAGCUCAACUUGUAUUCGAGGUCUCCAGUUUCCUAUGUUUCCCUAAUCUCCUAUCCUCUUUUAUCUCUUUUGGACAAUCUGCAUCUGUCUAUACAUACCAUUCAUCAUUUAUUGCUGUCUAUCUGUUUGUACUAUCUUCCCGAUACCGUGCAUCGUUCUCUACCGCUCAUGAUGUAAUCCUUUCCCAUUACUCCUAUAAUGUUAUUCCCUCUUAUAUACCUACAUCUCAUCCAGCUCAUGACCAU